AUGCAAGACGAUAUCGAAGCAAGAAUAGACGCUAAGCGCAAUCUUAAUUUUUCGAAUGCUUCUAUUUCUCUUAUAGCCCAUGAAGCUGUCCAACUUAUGUUGAGAGGUGCCCAUGAUGAAGCAGAAAUCUUUAUGCUUGAAAGACUGUUAGAUGCCAAGAAGACAAAAGACACGCAGCUUCAAAUUCUUCUGAAGUUACUGCUUUCUUUCAACAACAAAGUAGGUGAAAGUAUUGAUACUACAGAGGAAACCUUUGUUGCACAAACUCUGAAGCCUUUUUUCGAGCUGUACUUGGAUGUCAUUGGUGGUACUGAGCACCACGGCUCUCAUGGUCGCCUUGAAAAAAUCCACUCUUCCUCUUCCUCUUCUUCUCCUUGCUCUCCUUGCUCUCCUUGCUCUUCUUGCUCUUCUUGCUCUUCUUCUUGCCCAUCUUCAAAAAGAAAUUUGUCUACAGAUAGCUCUGUCUUGUGUAACUCUUGGUACAAACUGAAACCAGACUAUCUGCUCAAAGGUCUUUUUGAGAAUGGUUUGAAAGUUGAUGUUCUCGUGGGCGAGUUCAAGAAGCCCUCUGCCAAGCCAACACAAAUACUAAAUGACAAAGUAAAGCUCGGCAAUCUAUUGAAGCUCAUGGUUGAUAGAUUGGUGUUACUUGGUGUCCCUGCUCCCAUUGUUUGUGGUCUUACUCAUGACGGUCAAAUUAUCCGAACCUAUAAGAUGACUAUGGUCAAACAGGGUGAAUAUGACUUUGUGGAGCUCGCCUGCUUUGGAUCGAUACGCUGUUUGGCUGAUUUGAUGAGCCUGCCAAUGAUCAUGAGCUACUUUGAACAAUUGGCCGAAACAGUGAAGCAGACGCUUCAAAAAGUCGAAAUGAAGCUCUCUGAAACAAUGAUCCCUGGUCCCCUAGUCCUCGCUCCCAUCUCUGUCGAAUGGAUUCGCAGCUCUUACGAGUAUCCUUCCUGUCCUUCUUCUUCCUCUCGCUCCAAGAAGCAAAAACUAUAA